ACAGACUCUGUCUGGUAUGUCUCAGUUCACCACAGUUCACCACCCUUUCUAUGUCUCAUACAUACAACUUAAGCGCCCGUAGCCAUCUUCACCACCCAACUACAUAACCCUCAAUCCUUGUUCGCUGCUUGGGCCACCUCGAUACCGCCCGGGGAACAGUUGCUUCCUAUCACAAGCAUGGAUCGAUGCGGCACGGACAAGUUGGCGGUACUUCCUGAACCGAGAAUUGGGUGAUUGGGAGCCAUAGCGCGGCUCCCAGACCCCCCUUUUCGGUUGCAUUCGAUCCUUGGCCAACACCAGCUGAGUCUAGCAAUAUGCAAUAUAGGGCAGAGUAUGCAUCUUAGUGCGGUGAAGUGUGGUGCAUGGCGUUGCAUCUGCAGCUCUCGAUCGAGUGAUGGAGAUUGGAGAACGACACCCACGUUCUCGUUUUCUCUUCGCACUAUCCAUAGGGAACUUAGGUAUACUAGGUUAGGUAGUUAAUAUGCAGAAGGGCUGCAGCUCGCUUCUCUACUUCUCUUCUGUUCUCAAGAAUCCUCGCAUCAGAUUUCCACUUCUCGUUCCUUUCUACUCCUCGCUCGUUCACUCAUUCAAACGGCGCCUUUAAUUCCUAUUUGUGUUGAAUUGCUAUGUCCUUCUAUUUAACGACGACUACCAACAUGUUGUAACAAGGGUAUCUGGUAUACCAACCCACCAUAUUCAUUUUCCUUUAAUACCGUUUCUUGACCCUUCGAAUCGAGUUGUUUCACAGCUGGCCUGGCCUCACUCAGAUCGACCUUGAUACCCAUCAAAAUAUUCAUGUCGCUUAUCGAAACAGCGACCUUCUUUUUUGAAACAUUAAACACCACAGCGGACCUCCAUGAUGCUCCUAUUUUCUAUUGUCUCUUUCUUUUUGUUCUGGACGCCGGUCUCGGCUCUACAAGUCACGCCCAACUCUCCCUGUUCCCAGUUCUGCCUUGACCGGUCAGAUCCCAAUUCCUACGAAACCCGUGGCAGCGAGAUUGUCUGCGACGAUGACGACUUCAAGAGGAAGGCAGCAGGCCAGAAGUUCCAAAGAUGUCUGGCUUGUUUGCAGGACAGUGCUUUCAAGCAGGGCGACGAAAGUGACCAAGAUUGGUUCUUGUACAACAUGCGUUACUCUUUUGACUACUGUAUCUUUGGCUACCCAAAUGCAACCGGCAUCAGUUCCGGCCCCUGUAUCACAUCUGAAGCUUGUGGCCCCAUCGGGAAUGCUCUGAAGAAAGGCAUUACGGAACCCAACGAUAGAGAACAGUAUGAUUACUGUGACACUGAUGACAAAGCGAUGCUCGGCGAUGCGGUUGAUAAAUGCCAGGCAUGUGUCAAGGCGGAUAGCUCCCAGACAAUCAUAUCGAAUUUCCUUGUUGCCCUCAGUGCUGGAUGCCAACAGCGUCCCAAGCCAGGAACCCCUGUAGGGCUCAAUGACACUGUUUUCAGCGAGGGGACCAUCUCGAUUGUAGAUCCAUCUGCCUCAGUUGCACCAGGAGAUAACCAUGACCUUCCCAACACCUCAAUUGCUGCCAUUGCUGUUGGUGCCGCCGCUUUCCUCCUUAUUUCUGCAGGUUGUAUCUUCAUGCAACAUCGGAAGCGCAAGAAGCUUUCUGUACGCAACAGACGCUCUUCUCUCUCGUUCCGUUGCCAGACACAUGUUACACCAAGAACUCCUGGCUUCCACGACCUCCCCCCUUAUAUGGAUGAAGAACGAAACCUGUCAAAAUCUGCACUUUGGAACCCACGUAGUGCAGUGAGGAAUCUAAACGACACCCACAAACUCGGCAUUGUCACUACCGCUAUCCCGCAACCGCCACCCACAAAAGCUCCUCUACACACGCCCUAUCGCGAAGAUGCGUCUCCAGCAGAAAGUGUGUCAAGCUGUACAAACGCUCCCCUGUUGUCAAACUCAGCUGGGCCACAAUGUAGUACACCAGGUAUCACAUCCCCGCUGUUUAGCCCUGGCUUCUCUAUCACAACGCCCCGUUCAGCUACAUUCCCACGUGAAUGCCACGAUAGCAACAAUCCUUGGGUGCAACAACCAACUAAUGGCUCGGGCAAAGGCUUUCUGAGGAAAAAGCAGUCCAGAGAUUCACAAGCUCCCAGCGAAACACGGAAUAUUCGGAUUGUCUUUGAUCCACCACCUAAAAAGGCCAGACGGUCGUAAGCUUACGUACCGAUGUUUAUAUAUGUUGGUCUUGUCUGAGCGGACGAGUUUCAUGGGUAAACAGACACGGUACUUAUGGAUAUGGGCCUUUGUAUAUAGGGUUUUAGCGGCGAGACGCUGUAAUGAGACAUGAGUCAAGAGGCAGCGAAUGCGUGAUGUGAUUUGAACUGAAAUGCGGACGUGUGUGUAUAUUUGCUUGACCAUUUCUCCAUAUAAUGCAAUGCCUUUCCCAACCAG